CGUUAAAUGAAUGCACACUUGUGGCUGAGCAUCAAUGAGUAGCUGCAACGCGUGCUGGUGCUGAGAAAACCAGCAUGACGGCAUCUAACAGCUACACCUUAUAGUACAAGAAAAGUUCUAUUGCAGUACUACGGUGAUUCAUAACGUACGCUAGAAAUUUCUAGCAGCGACAAUGGGUUCCUCAUCGACUUCAUCAUUCAUGGCCGCCCUGGCAGAUGAGCUGAUCUUAGACCGGGAUCCGCGUACCGCCAACUGGUUCCUGGGCGGAAACAGACUGUUCCUUGCCUCGCUGUUCAUGGCCUACGUGUACGUGGUCAAAAUUGGAGGACCCCGCUUCAUGAAGGGCCGGAAGCCGUACGACGGUAUCAAGCCGGUAGUUAUCAUCUACAAUGCCUGCAUGGUGGUUCUCAACGCCUAUUUUAUGACUGCCUUCCUCUCAAGGACAUACAUGGGUGGCGGCUACAGCCUGUUCUGCCAGGGCAUUGACUACGAGGCCCGUGACCACAUAACCAUGAGCCUUCUGAACCUCAUGUGGUGGUACUCGCUGGUGAGGAUCGCCGACUUCUUGGACACACUGUUCUUUGUCCUGCGGAAGAAGGACUCGCACGUGUCGUUUUUGCACGUGGCCCACCACAUCAUCGUGGUGUACAACGGCUGCUACGGAGUUGGCUACGGUCCGGACGGCCAAGCGGCACUUUCUGUUAUACUCAACUGCUUCGUGCACGUCAUCAUGUACACCUACUACUUGCUUUCCCUGCUAGGACCGACCGUGCAAAAGCACCUCUGGUGGAAACGCUAUCUGACACAAGUGCAGGUCGUCCAGUUCUGCAUUAUUUUCGUUCAUAUGCUCAUCCCACUGUUCUACAACUGCGGCUAUCCGAGGCCACAUAUCUACGUCUUGGUGGGCGAGGCAGUGUUCUUCUUCACCAUGUUCUUGCGCUUCUACUUCAAUGCCUACCGGGACAGGAAAAGCCCCAGCAGACAAAAUGAGGACAGCGAUCACGGCAAGAGCAAGGUUAACUAAAGGUGUUCACUUAGUCAAUUCUGUGAUACGUCUAUAGGGACUUCGUAAUUGUCGCAAAUCUGCAAUGUAAGGGCAAAUACAGGCACAGCCGAGAAGGCUGAGUAGUGCAUUAGUGUUAGAUAUUUUUGAAUGCAAGGUGUUCUUUAGCGAACUUAAGGCGCUUUGAUCAAUUAUAUUUGAGUAGGAGUGGA